CAUUAAGUUUAUAGAAAUGAUACAGGCGGUGGUGAUCCAGACAGGAGUAAACUUGGCCGAGAUCUGAAUGAUCUGACAGGAGAAGGAAAUAUUGAGAGCAUGCUUUCAAUUGAAAUGGGCCUAAGGGAAUUAGCAUCAUUAAAAGUUGAAGAUGCUGUUAUGCGAGCAUUGGGCAGACAGAGACGGCUGAGUUUGCUUCAUCUAUCUGUCUCAGAUUUGAAAUCACCCAGUGAACCAAAGUCGAUAGAUGCAUUUGAACUAAGUGAAGAGGAGGGAGAAGAUGUUCUUUUCAAAGAGGCCUGGUUGUUAUAUUUCUGGAGAAGAGCCAAAGUACAUGGUAUAGAUGAGGAUAUUGCUGAAGACCGGCUUGGGUUUUGGAUUAGCCGUAGCGGGCAGACUCCUACCUCUCACGGUGCCGUGGAUGUUGAUCGAGGUAUGCUUGAGCUGCGGAAGGUGGGGAUAGAGCAGCAGCUAUGGGAAGCAUCUCGUAAAGAGAUCGACCACCCAUCGAUUACUGCUUUGUCAGAUCACAAUGCUUCGGAGAGCUCUUAGUGAAGUCUUCCCUUCUCAUUUUCAAGUUUGUAUAUUUCUUGUUCAAUUUUUAUUUCAUUUUUCAUAUCAAUGUUGAUUAUAGUUUUCUUCUCAAACUUCACAUGCUUGAUAUGUUGCGUUUGAUGCAAUUUGACGACACGAUACAUGAUGUAAUUGAUGUUGAUACUUGUUUGAGUCUUAAAUGAAGAAGGUUCAAAGGGUAACAGUUUGGAACUUUAUUUUUUUUAAAAAUCAAGGGUAUUCCCC